GGGUGGCUAACUAUAUCCGUGGCGGAGUUGCGCCUCACUGCCGCGUCUCCCACCACGGCGCGCGUGUCAUUUCCGCGCGGGGCAAUGGUAACAACGCUUUAGCUCCUGACCUUCAAAUUUUAAUUUUGUGUAGACCACCGAAACACAAGUAGGAGUGGGCUUGCUGUUGAAGAUUUGUGAAGUGAACAUGAUGGCCGCAAAAAUGAACCCGAAGAUGGAUACGCGGCAUGGAAGAAACUCUAUCCCUGGAUUCUCUCGUGAAGUAAUGUCUCCUGACAGUUCUUACCAGGAGAACUUUUUGGAUGACAAGGAUCUUCGAGAAAUGACCGAAGGGUUCCGAACAUGGACGAAGGACCCGGUGGCACAGCCGCACGUGCAGGUGGUCGUGUCGAGCCCGUCAUUCUCCAUGCUGAGCGCCCAAGGCAGAGACCGCGGCGUGUCCGUCCUGUGGGAGACGACACCCGACCCUCGUUCCUCCUCGCGUUCCUCCUGGACCUCGGGAUGCAGCACGUCGGGCGUGUACAGCCCACCGCCGCAGCUGGCGCCGCCACCACCGCCGUCAAGGCCCCUGGCCGCGUCCCCCGGUCGCAUCAUCUUCAUCAUGAGCGGCAAAGAGGUGGUGCUGGGCAAGGACUGCGAGAGGCUCGCUCCACGGCCCCGAACCAUCGCCUCCACCGCCGCCGCUGCCCCGGGUUCACGGCGGGUGCCGGCAUCCGAGCCGGGCGAUCAGCCAUCGGAAGAUGAGACCGCCGCCGGCUGGUACGCUUCGGGCGUCUUGUCGGCGGACGAGGGCGUUGGCAUGUCGCAGGAGAGCGACCUGGAGCAGAGCGUCGGCCGCUUUGGUGCUCAGCGUCUGGCCGAAGAGUACGGUAAAGGAGAUUUACUCGCCACGGCCGCCGCUGCCGCCAACGUGGGUUUUACACGAGCCGAUCCGGUGGAGACGGAGAAGAUUGCCCACGAAAUGUCACUGCAAAAGGAUGUCUCUUUGGCUCAUGACUUGAGAGAUGCAACGCAACUGCAAAAAUCCACCUUGUCUGAAGCUUCCAUUGAGUCUGUUGGUGAGCUAGUUGCAGAUAGUCACGUGACUCCCGGAACACUGGUGGCAGGAGAUGGUGGCGCGGUGGGUGAUGGUGACGAAGUUUUUAGUGGGUUCACUCAAAUAACGGAGGUCAGUGUUGCAGAGAUUCUUUCAUCUGAACCAAUUAGUAUCAAGAGCGCUUUCAAAUCACCCGACGAGGUUAAAGAUAACACACCGUCAGAAAAUGCCAGCGUUCAUGAAUUUCAAGAGGUCACCAGUGUGACCGCUCUUGACACUGCCGUGCCAAGAGAUGGGCUGAUUGGCAAUGAAAAUAAAGUCGGCAGCCUUUCAUUGGACAAAGGUCAACAGGGAGAGGCUAAAGAUGACAUCAAGGCUGAAGAGACAGUGAAGCAAGGUGCAGUGGUUGGAAUUUCAACAACCGUGACUGCAUCAGAUGUGCCUGCUUUGUGUGCUGAUGAAUUCCUCCCUGCAGACACGGAUAAUGCCAAGGCGGCCGAUUCAGUGUCACAAAUACCAAGUGGGGCUUCUACUGAAUGUGUAGAAUCGGCGGUUGAAACUCCAAGCUUGCCAUCUGUAUCACAAGCAACAGCUGUGGGCAUCACAGCAGAAGUCACGGUGAAUGAGGAUGGUAAAGAUGAAUCAGUGGAUAGUGUGUCCAAUAUAUCUUACGAAGUAGCUGCAUCUGUUGCUCUUAACGCACCUAAAAUUAACGUUGAGCAAGCCAAUUCUGAAGUUCCUUGUUUACAACAGUUAGCUGAAACAGCUGCUAGAGAAAAACAAGACCACGGUGUCUCUGAAGUGGCUCCACAGGGUGCACGUGAUGCAAUAUGCCGAGGAGCAUUCGGCGUUAACGAAAACGUUGACGAUUGGGAAAGAAUCGCUGCGGCUGGCGACCAAGAGAGGGGAGGCGUAGACACCAAAAUCCUGACCAGCGACAGACAUCCAGCUGAUGAAAUAACAGGUGGCGGUGUGAAAAGACCCGAUGACAGCCAACGGGGCUUUAACGCUACGCCUGACAGACACGACCCCCCUUUGGGAACCGGUAGCACCGACGCUCAAGCAAUCUACGAUGCUGAUUAUAGCGAAGGUCUUGAGGAAAGUAAAGAACCCAUGGCAACCCAGGCGGAGAUCAUUUCAGGAGCAAUCACUCCGAGGCAGACUGAGCAUACGGCGCCGCUGUGCUAUGAAGAAUCUGUUUAUCCACUGGAAAAUAUUUCAGGGGAACACGCUGUCUCCAAAGAUAACGCCGCGGAUACAUUUGCAACUCUUGUCAAGGAAUCUGAGGUGCAAAUGUCAGAGCAAAUGGCCACAGCUCAAUUGGCACAUCAGGCAGUGAAGCCAUUCGAGGAUAUGGGCACACACGUUUCUGCAGAACGUGGGGAGCAACAUGAAGCAAGUGACAUACCUCCCGAUGAACCGCUCACAAGUGAGUGCAUUAAUGCAUCUGAAGUAACAUGGGGUGAGGGUAAUGCUGUGGGGAUGGACACUGCAGAAGAGACUGUCGCUGAGGUUGAAUAUUUCCAUGAUAUCACUGGCCAGGUGAAGGUGGAGGUGGAGCAGUCUGGAGAUAGUUUGCAAGAAGAGGGAGAGGCAGCAGACAAGUUAUCCGGCAAAGAAUUGUAUGAAGGUCUUAUCACCGAGAGGCACGAUGCGCCUAUUGCAGGUGACAGACCAGAGCACGCGAUCAGCGUGCCAAUGUUUGAGAAGUCAAUUGAUAGAGAAGAAGCUCAUCUAGAGGCUGAAAUUAUGAGAUCACAUGGAUUCCCUGUCUCCAUACAACAGGACACACAGAUGGAGCCACUGACAGAGAAGCCGACAGAUGCUGUUUCUGAGAUCCCUACUCAGUUUGACAACAGUCUACAAGAAGGAACACAUCAACCAUGGGACGGUGGGGACCAUUACACUCAGAUUUUUGAACCCAUACAAGCUGAGACCUCCACAGUCGAUGUGGAUGAUCAAACACAAGGAGAAGGAUAUAGACCUAUAUCUUCUGAACCGUUUGUCGCUGAGGUUGAAUAUUUCCAUGAUAUCACUUGCCAGGUGAAGUUGGAGGUCGAGCAGUCUGGAGAUAGUUUGCAAAAAGAGGGAGAGGCAGCAGACAAGUUAUCCGGCAAAGAAUUGUACGAAGGUGUUAUCACCGAGGGGCACGAUGCGCCUAUUGCAGGUGACAGACCAGAUCACGUGAUCAGCGUGCCAAUGUUUGAGAAGUCAAUUGAUAGAGAAGAAGCUCAUCUAGAGGCUGAAAUUAUGAGAUCACAUGGAUUCCCUGUUUCCAUACAACAGGACACACAGAUGGAGCCACUGACAGAGAAGCCGACAGAUGCCGUUUCUGAGAUCUCUACUCAGUUUGACAACAGUCUACAAGAAGGAACACAUCAACCAUGGGACGGUGGGGACCAUUACAUUCAGAUUUUUGAACCAAUGCAAGCUGAGACCUCCGCAGUCGAUGUGGAUGAUCAAACACAAGGAGAAGGAUAUAGACCUAUAUCUUCUGAACCGUUUGUAACGCAGGUGUCUGAUGAUGCGGCUGUCCCUAGUGACCCGAGGGAUGCUGGCCAACUUGUAUUGCCAGUGUUUCUCUCUGAGUUACAUGAGGAGGAAAUUCCUGAUGAAGUCAUUAAAAUCAGGCCCUGCGAUGCUGUUGAGAGUGAAGUGUGUGCCGCAUUGAAAGAGCAUGUCCCUGAGUGUACACACGCAGUCUUUACAGAACCUGCAACAGAAUUGAUGGAAGAGCCUCACAUGUUGGGUCAUGACACAAUGGGAACAUUGAAAGAACAUAUCAAUGACAAUGUUGAUGAAGAAAAGCGUGUAGAUUUGCAGAUGAAAGAGCCUAUAGAUAUAUUGGAUCAAAGAUAUUUGGGCACAUUUAAAGAAGGCAUCUUGGAUGAUGCUGACAAAGUUCCGAAAAUUAUUGUUACAGAGUCUGCAGAAGGUUUAGAGGAACGUGAGUCCUUGUCCUUAGGUGCCUUGGAUGAAGAGGAAAUUGGAAGACCUGGCGAGUAUGUUGACGAAGUAACGAUUACAGAAAUAGAAAAUGUGUAUGAAGGUGAACCCGCUGAGGUCAUGGACUAUGAAUCAAUAGGAGCAUUUAAAUGGAGUACUGUAGAGGGCGAUAACGAAGAAAUAAAACCUUUUGUGAUAGAACCUGCUGAGGAAUUAGACGAAUUUGAGAUGCUAGCUGGCUUGGAUCAGGAAAAUAUUGGAGUUUUUAAAGAGCAUGCCCCUGGUGAGGACGUUGGUGAAGAUGGAGAGAUAAUCAUUACAGAACUCACGGCAGAGUUCGAGGGAGCUGAGGCGUUCGAUGAAUUGGAUCAUGACAACAUUGGAAGACUCAGACAGCAUGCUCCUGCAAACAUGGAUGAAGAGAAAAAAGCAUUCGUCACAGAGCCUGCCGGAGACAUCGAGGAAGUUGAAUGCAUAGAUGUCUUGGAUCAAGAAAAUACUGGGGACACUAAGGAGCAUGUCACCCUUGGUGUUGAUAAAGAGAUAAAAAUUACCUUCACCGAAUUUGAAGAAGAUUUAUACGGAGGUGAACAUUUCGAUAUCUCGGAUUACGAAUCAAUUGGAGCAUUUAAAGAUCACGGCCCCGAGAGUGCCGAAGGUGUCUUGGAUCCAGAAUGCAUCCAAGCAUUCAAAGACCGUGCACCCGAGAACGUUAACGAACACGCGCAUACGGUCAGCGCUGGACUUCCGGAAGACCUGGGGAAAGAAGAGCCCACUGAAGUCAUGGAUCAAGAAGAAACACAUGCAUUUAGCCUAAAUGACGAUGAAAUGUUUGAUCAAGAGAUGGACGAAGGUGUCACAGAUUUUCUGGAUGCAGAAGAAGGUUCAUUUGAAGGUAGAAUGGAUGAGAUCCACCUUGAGCUGGAUAGAGAGGCCAGCUUGGGAUCAGAGGUUCAAUCCGAGGAAGGCAUUGACUUUGAAGUGUGGAAGGCGCAGAGAGGAUUAGGGGACUUUGCGGAACUGUAUGAGCAUGACAUUUCCCUGGAGGCUGGAGAGUCCAUCGAGGACCCGGAUGCCUCGCUAAUUUCAGUGGAGGACGAGGACUUUGACGAUGCCAUGGACAAGGAGGUCGAGGAGUACAUGGACGCGGAGGACUUUGACAUCGCCGCGAUGCUUGCCGAGCUCGAGUCGGGCUCUGAGGCCGAGAGGAAGUUGAAGCAUCCCGACGUGUACUGCAUCACGUGCAAGAAGCCCAUCCCGGCGCUCGAUAAACUUUUCGGAGAUCACAAACACCACAGGGUGACCGCUCUUAAGACGGCCGUGAGACUGAUCAAGGCGGUGCUGAAGGAAAACACCAAGAUCCUCAUGGAACGGAGUAAUGAUGUCGUGGACCUUCAAAAACUGCUGUAUGAGAUCUCAGAUUCCUUAGAGGAGAACUUCAACGAGCAGGAGCAGGCGAUGCAGGAGGAGUUCGACACGCUCAUGAGGGUGCUGUCGGACCGCUACGCGGAGCUGUGCGUGCCCCUCGAGGAGGAGAAGAAGGCCAAGCUGGAGGCGCUCUACGAACAGCUGGUGCAGUGCAGGUGCAGCCUCGAGAGCACGCGCGCUCUCAUCGCAGAGGCACAGGCGCUGGAUCCCGUCGCCGACCGCCUGGGCUUCCUCGUGUCUGCAGAAGAUCUGAAAGCCAGGCUGGAUCUUGCAUUAACAGAAGGACAAGUCGAUCAGUUUCAGCCGAGCGCAUCAGCGGAGUUCCAGAACGCGAUGCCGGACCUGUCUCACGAGAAAAGCAUUCUGGAUGAGAGCAGCUGCGUGAGCGUGCCGUCCCCACCCACGAUCCGGCCCCAGGAGCCGGCCGGAGCCACCACCAGCUCCGUGCUGGUGCAGUGGACAGCGGAGCCGGACGACACCGUGGACCACUACAAUGUCUUCUACCUGGCGGAGGACGACUUCCAGUGCGAGGACACCGACACGGUGAACGUGAGGCAGGAGGCACGGGAGGACUCCUGCCUCAUCGAGGACCUGGAGCCCAACACCUUCUACGUCUUCUGGGUAUCGGCCGUCAACACAGCAGGAGCCAGCCCACCCAGCGACUGCGUCACCUACUGCACCGUGCCCGAGCCGCCGGUCAUCCUGGUCGAGGAGUGCACGGCGUGCAUGGACGCAGCCACGAUCCGCUGGGACUCGGGCAACGUGACCGCCGUGGAGUCGUACUCGCUGGAGCACUGCAUGCAGGCGGAAGGAGACGUGGACGACGACACCUCCGAGAGCCACAUCACCAGGUGCAUCUCGGGCAUACGGGACUGCGAGUGGGUCGUGAGGCUGCAGCCGGGGCAGACGUAUGCCCUGUACGUACGUGCGGUCAACUCGGCGGGGCCCAGCCAAAGGUCCGACCCAGUCCUCAUCCGAACCAAAGGGACCCAAUUCCUGCUGAGGAAGGAGUCCGCUCACCCAAGACUAAUCAUCUCCGAGGAUGGAGCUGUCAUCGAGUAUGACGGGCGAGAGGAUGAGUACCUGGACCCCAACCCAAACCGAUUCUCCAGGUGCAUGGCGGUGCUUGGGGAGCUGACUCCGUCGCGCGGCCGCCACUACUGGGAGGUGAGCGUGGGCGAGUGCGAGGGCUACCGCAUCGGUGUGGCGUACCCCGACACGCCGCGCGACGGCCUGCUGGGCCAGAACGACUCCUCCUGGUGCAUGCGACUCGUCUGCACGCCUGCCAGGCACAAGUACGAGUUCCUGCACGCCAGCCGCACGCCCGACAUCCGCACGACUCUCGUGCCGGCCCGGAUCGGGGUGCUGCUCGACUUUGACGCGGGGCGGCUGGCGUUCUUCGACGCCGAACGAGGGCAGCUCCUCUUCAGCUUCCGGCAGCGUCUGCAGGGUCUCCUGCAGCCGGCCUUCGCGCUCGAUCAGCCGGGCAUGCUCGUCCUGCACACGGGCCUGGCACCGCCCGCCGGCCUCGCCUACUGCUGAGUUUCUUCGGUGCUUGGUGUGCCGGUGACGCAUGUGGGGUUGCCACCUUUCCCCGGGGUUAUAAUUUUUAUUCUGGGAUCGUCCCGUUUUUUGAGGGAGCUGUCCAGGCAGGAGGUUGACUAGUGUGUGGUGGGGGGCAUGGGAGGGGGUGCCUUGGUCCACACCCCUCCCCCCUGGUUGCCAAAGCUACGAGUUGAGCCCCCCUUGACAACCACGAUUAGACAACAGUGUAAAAGAACAAAACAGGUAUGUGAAGACGUAUUAGGCAAGAUGAUCUGCGAUAUGUAGCCUCGGUACGACCGUGCGAGACAAAUAAAAUAUUGGGGUCCCAUCCGACAGACUGCCGCACUCCCCUGAGCUGAUAAUGUCGUUACUACGCCACUGUCUCCUGGGAAAUCUCCUAAGCCUUCUCAGGACAUUGAAUGUCGUGGCUUUGUCAGUGGCGUAAUGAUACACCACUCAAGACAACGCAUGCACGUCAGGUUUCUUCCCUUUUUCAGUAUUGCGAGAUAUUCUUCCUCCCGUGACAUGUCUCGGUUUGUUUUGUACCUCAGAGGUGACAACCCUGGUGGCACUAUACUUUUUACAGUUGGCGGGUUUGAGUCACUCAGCCACGCCAUCUGCAGAGGCCCGGAUCAAUCUCCAGAAACCAAGGAUGGCACAUCAACUGCAGCAGUGAAUUGUGCGGUGGAGUUGAGUCAAUCUGUUUUCUUGGUUCUUUCGGUAAAGUCACGUAGA